AUGCAAGCCAGGGACUGGGGUAGGCGCUUUAUGAGAUUAUUUCCGCAAUAUACUUCCUGGGAAAACAUCAAGGAUCCAGAAAGGCCUCUUGUUAUUGCAUAUGUGUCUCCUGAUUAUUUUACUCAUUCUAUGUCAUAUUUCAUUGCGGCACCGAUUAUCUAUCAUGACUAUGCAAGCUACAAGGUGGUUGUCUACUCAGCAGUCGUCAAGGCAGAUUCGAAAACAAACAGAUUUAGGGAUAGAGUCCUGAAAAAUGGUGGAACAUGGAGGGACAUUUAUGGGAUUGAUGAGAAAAAGUGGCGAGUGACAUGGAUUGGCUACGCUAAUACAACUGGUUUGCCUGCCAUUGAUUACAGGAUAACGGAUGCACUAGCAGACCCGGUUGACUCAAAGCAGAAGCACGUUGAGGAGUUGGUUCGAUUACCCGACUUCUUUCUAUGCUACACUCCUUCCCAUGAAGCAGGGCCCGUUUCUCCCCCUCCUGCUCUAGCUAAUGGAUUUGUCACUUUUGGUAGCUUCAACAAUCUCGCUAAGAUAACACCUAGGGUGCUGCAAGUCUGGGCUAAGAUUCUAUGUGUAGUCCCAAAUUCUCGGCUUAUUGUCAAGUGCAAGCCCUUUUUCUGUGAUAGCGUAAGACAGCAAUUUCUUACAACCCUGGAGAAGUUGGGAUUGGAAUCACACCGUGUUGAUCUUCUGCCUUUAAAUAUUCUCAACCACGACCAUAUGCAAGCGUAUUCUUUAAUGGACAUCAGCUUGGAUACCUUCCCUUAUGCAGGCACAACCACUACUUGUGAGUCGCUAUACAUGGGAGUGCCAUGCGUCACCAUGGGAGGUUCAGUUCACGCUCAUAAUGUUGGUGUGAGCCUUCUCGAAACAGUUGGGCUGAACAAUCUAGUGGCAAAGAAUGAAGACGAAUACGUGAAAAUGGCUGUACAGCUGGCGACGGACCUUAAUGCCCUCUCGAGCUUGAGAAUGAGAUUGUGUGAUGUCAUGCUCAAAUCUCCCCUAUGUAAUGGACCCAAAUUUAUCCAGGGCCUCGAGUUAGCAUUCAGGAACAUGUGGAGAAGGUACUGUAAGGAUGACAUUCCUUCUCAAAAGCGUAUGGAAAUGGAGGAAUUGCAGUCUCCACGGCCACUCGAUCCACAAAACGUUGUUCCGCAAGAAAUGUCGGAGAAAUUUUGUUGUCAGUAG